AAAUCUGGUUGCAGAUCAGAUGGUUCUAUGGUACUACAAUUACUGCUAUGGGAUCAACUCACAUACAAUACUGACAUGUAGGCCUAUCCCUAGCCAAAGAAACUUCAUCCUCCCUCCUUUUCUUUGCUCCAAAAUUAAAGCUUACAGUAUGUUUGUCCUCUUGGACAAGGUGCUAAAUCCAUAUUUCUGAUGAAGUGUCUGUCAUUUAUUAAAGGCUUAGGCCAUUUUAGAGUUAUUUUACCAAUCACACAUGGAAACGUAUAUUGUUUUGAAAUUCUCACUUUUCAAAAGUAGGUUGUCAUAUUAUGCACUUAGUGGUGUGUCAAUUUCCUUGAAAGACUGACAUUUGGUUGAAAGACGGAUAUUCUUAACCACUAAAAGGACACACUGACUACGAAACACUUUUUCUGAUGAGGUUUUGGUCUGUAUGCAUACUUCCUUCAAAUAACAUAAUAGGCUACUAUCACUAUGGCUUGUGGUGUUAAAAUUGAGAAAUAAAUACAGUAGCCUACAUACAUGACGGACCAUUAAACGGCUAUACAUCACACGUUGUGCCACAGCUUGUCUGUGAAAGUUGUGGCUAAAAGGGUAACUGCAUGACUUCCUUCCUGUUGCGUACAUAGUUCCCUAAAAUAUUUGAUUACCUACUGAAUGAUUUGAUUCUAACCCAGACAAGAAUAAUGAAUCUGCAGUUGGACGGAUGGACAAUCAAGUAGCCUACGUUAGAAAACAUGCUACAGUUGGAUUAUUUUUAGUCUAUAGGCUAGACCUCUCCUGCCCUGCACUAUGGACAAAAAACGUAUCUAUAUUGCAAUUUAAUGAGAGACAUUGUGCGUUGUGGGAAUCAAGACAUUUAGACAAACAGUGAGCUGCAGCUGCUACAGAUUCAGCUUCCUCUUUUUCUGCUGGGAGUAUCAGGGAACCCUUUGGUGUGUUUUAUGACAUUUUUUGUAGUUAAUGUAUUUAACUUUUCUUUUUUGCUUCAAUAAUGAGAAUUACUGUUUUAUGUGAUCAACUCUGUUAAGUGCUUAGUGUGUAUACAGAGCAGCACAUCUAUUAAAAGAAAGAAAAAAAUCAAAUGCGAAGGAUAUUACAGUAUUUCUUAUUGGAGGUACAACAUUGCAAUAGUCUGGAGAAUGAUGUCAAGAGCAUGUACGGUUGGUUCCGUCGACUCUUAGUGAAAAAAGAGUCUCCACAGAGCAGCUCCUCUCCACAUGUACAGGUCAGGACUCCACCCCCUUCUGUCGAUGAUGGUGCCUCAUCAUUGGUUCCCACCUCCACUCCUAACCCACCACCACCUUUUCUGAGCUCUAUGACUCGUUGGAGCCAGACCUACGACUUGUGUGUGUGCCAUAGCCCUGUGGACAUCGAAGAAGCCAUCCGUCUGGCCACUUACCUGGAGAAACCGGCAUGUGGCCUGCGCUGUUUCCUGCGGCAACGUGACGCCAGCGUGGGGGGUGCCAUCCCCACCGAGCUAUGCCAGGCUGUGCAGAGCAGCCAUUGCUGGGCCCUUCUGAUCACCCCCAACUUCCUGCUGGAUGACUGGUGCCAGUACAUGAUGCACCAGGCACUGUCUGAGGGGCCCAUGUCCAACCGGAUCAUUCCCCUGGUCCUAAACCUGUCUUACUCUCAGUACCCAAAGGAGCUACGCUUUUACUACUACAAAGACCUGAGCAAGAACCCAGAGCGAGGCUACACACAGGUGUACAAGACAGUGCUGAAGUACUUGGAGGACAUGGAUGAAAAAGAUGCUGCUAAAGUUGAUUGCAACAUGCACAGUACUAGCAAUAGAUUGGAAGGGGCUUCCUGUUUUCCAAGGACAAAACUGUCAUCAAACUAUCAGAAUUCUGAGCCUCUGCUUUCACUUCAGGAGAUUGAGAGGACAGAGGCUGCAGAUUCAUAGGACUAUUGUACAUCACACUCUGGAGGCUGCUGAGGUGAGAACAGCUCAUAAUAAUGGAUGGAAUGGAGCAAAUGUAAUGGCAUAAAACCCCUGAACCAUGUGGUUGAUGUAUUUGAUACCAUUCAUUACCACAAGCUCGUUCUCCCCAAUUAAGGUACCACCAACCUCCUGUGAAAUCACACGAUAGCUAGAAUAAAGAAGGAGCUGACUGACUUAGGGAAAUCCCCUUACAAAAACAAUCAACUGGGCACACACUGGUUGAAUCAACACUGUUUCUACAUAAUUUCAAUCAAAUAAAAUAAAAUAAUGUUGAACCAACGUAUAAUAGACGUUGAAUUGAGGUCUUUGACCAGUGGGACUGCACUGGUUGACUGAUCUGACAUGACCACAAUUAACUUAUUUUUUUAUAUCGAGUUUCUUAUCACAAAUGUAAAUAUUAAUACAUCUAAUCCAUUUUGUUGUGUGCAGACUUGCGAUCUCAAUGUACACUGAUUCACACAUGGUGCUCAAAAGCCAGAGUUAUGUGCAAUAGUAACCUACUUGGACUGGGUUUUCAGUGGAAUAAUAUGUAACCCAACAUGGGAGAGUGAUGCAAGAUAGUAGAGCAGAACAUCCCUUUGGUACAAAUGAUGUUGCUCUGAUAUGUCAUAACCAAUGAUGUGUAUUAACCCUGGAUGACUAACGGGGCGCUGUAUUGAAGCCACCGGGCAACCAUAUUGGCACUUCUCCUGAAGCGUAAAACUAUUUUGGAAGCUAUAAGAAAUGUAUUUAUUAUUGUCUACAUUAGUUUUUUUUAUAUGAUUAUUCUAUUACAGACACCUUAAUGAAUACUUUAAAAUUACAUUAUGUGAGCUAAACAUAAAAAUUAAAAACUAUAUACAAACAUG